AUGGCUGUAAACCCAAAUGAAGACACCGAAUUCAACGAUGCGCUCAGGAAGUAUGGAAUCAUUGGUCCCAGGGAGUCAACCCCCCCUUCCCCGUCUCCGCCACCGUCGCCAACUUUGGACGAUGUUUUAGACGAAUUUACGGCAAAAGAACUUCAAGAAUUAAGCGAGGAUGUCAAUAAUGAAGAAACUGAACGCUUAAUAGCCGUUUAUAGGCAGAAAAGGAUUGAUGAGGAACGUAGGGAUAGACUCCGAGCACGAUUUGGAGAAGUCUAUCCUAUCGGAAGGGAAGAUUACACUAGAGAAGUCACAGAUGCAAGUAAAGUAGAUGAGGAGGAUGACAACGAAGAAAAGGGUACAGGUGUGAUAUGUUUUUUGUAUAAAGAUGGGAUACCUAGAAGCGAUCGCGCCUUUCAGCACGUUCGUGGCUUAGCAAGAAAAUACCCUCGUAGCAAAUUUGUUUCGAUAGUUGGAGAUAAAUGUAUCCCCAACCUUCCAGAUUCCAGAGUCCCCAUGUUGAUCGUGUACAGAAAAGGGGAAAUCAGACAACAAAUUGUUGCAUGGGGUGCUGAUCGUGAACGUCGUCAAGAGGAACUCGAAGCUAUUUUACUAGUAACGGGUGCUCUUGAUAUCCCAGAUCGUGUAGAGCCAACAGGAGGAAAAGACGAGGAAGAAGAUGAAGAUUUUGAGGAAGACGAUGGUGACCCUUCAUCUAGGAUGCGCUCAGCCGCAACAUCUACGAAUGCGCGCGCUCCCAGGAACAUUAGGUCUCAAAAAAAGAAGGACGACUCAGAUUCAGAUUUCGAAUUCGACAUGUAA